GUCUCCCUCUGAAGCGAUCCCGCAGCCACCACCGCGGCGACGGAACCAGCCAAAGCCCGUGGCGGAUUACCACUCGCACGCCACCAGCAACCCAUGGGCAAGAUGAGGAUGCCCGUGCCCUCCCUGUUCCGCCUCGGCCGCCGCUCCAAGUCGCCGCCGCAGCAGGCCCAGGCCGAGCCGGCGCCCGCGGCCGGGUCCCCGCCGCGGACGGCGGAGGAGGAGAUGGCGCGGGUGUUCCGCAAGUUCGACGCCAACGGCGACGGCCGGAUCUCGCGGUCCGAGCUCGCCGCCCUGUUCGAGAGCCUGGGCCACGCCGCCUCCGACGACGAGCUCGCGCGCAUGAUGGCCGAGGCGGACGCCGACGGCGACGGCUUCAUCAGCCUCGACGAGUUCGCCGCCCUCAACGCCACCGUCGCGGGCGACGCGGCCGCCGUCGAGGAGGACCUGCGCCACGCCUUCCGCGUCUUCGACGCCGACGGGAACGGCACCAUCUCCGCCGCGGAGCUCGCGCGCGUGCUCCGGGGGCUCGGCGAGUCCGCCUCCGUCGCCCAGUGCAGGCGCAUGAUCGAGGGCGUCGACCAGAACGGCGACGGCCUCAUCUCCUUCGAGGAGUUCAAGGUCAUGAUGGCCGGGGGCGGAUGCUUCGCCAAGAUCGCAUAGGUUCUCCGUCGAAUCCGCUCAGCCGGUUCUUCCCCUUUUUUUUGUUCCCCCCUUGACUAUCCGAGCGUGCCGUGUGCGGGUUAAUUAAGUGUAUAUAGAAGCAACGAUUAUUACUAGCGUUAGAUUCUUUUCUCUACUAAUAAUAAUUGGGAAUCGCGAAUUUCUAGUGCCUAUAUUGGUUGGGAGUUGGAGGCUGCAAAGCAGUGGUUCAGAGCUAGUAAUUUCUCUUCAUGUCUCUGAUCCGCUUAUUGUUCCUUCAGUUUAUGAAGAGCGGAUGAUUGGAACCUAUGGAUAUCUAUCAAAUUCGUGUUUCCUUCCA